GAACAAGCUUCCCCAACUCAUCACCACACUUUUCUUCAUUCCCCAUAUUCCCUUUUUCUAAAACAAUACCACGACACUCCCAUAAACAAUAUGUAUAUAUAUAUUUCACCACAUUAUACAAAUAUAUAUAUACAUCAUUAUAUAUCAGAGAUGGCAGCACAGAAAUGUGGGAUGUGCCCAUUUGAGGCCAUGGAUCACCUCUGGUUUCACCAGAUUGUUAUUUCCUCAAAAUUUUCAUCAAAAAACAUCUCAACCCAACAUAUAUCUUCACAGGUUGAGAGCAGGAGACAAGAAAGUGAUCAUGUUGAAGAAACUACCGCUACAGCUGAUCAGGAUAGAGCAACAAAGUUAUAUCUGGUUUCGAGGGAAACUAGGUCUCAUUCAUCUUCACCAGCAUCACUCAAAAAGCAAUCAAGAAUAUUGCCGGGCUCAGUGGAUCUCGAGCUUCAAGAAGUAAAAGGGUUCAUGGAUUUAGGGUUUGUUUUCAAGGAACACAACUUAAGCAGCCAUGUGAUCAGCUUGAUCCCUGGAUUGCGGCGGAUAAAAUCUCAAGACAAAAGGGGAAUCUUGAAGCCAUAUUUGUCAGAGUCGUGGCUUGUGAGAAUGCCAGAUUCUCCGUUGGUACUAAGUUUAAGGAUUUCGAGAGUUUGUAAUGAUUCGGAUAAGGUGAAGAAGCAUUUGAAGGAUUGGGCUCGGACAGUCGCAGCCGCCAUCCACCAAGAAUUUUGAUGGCCGACUCGACCGUCUGUUGUAGAUGCUACACCUGAUAAAA